ACAAUGAAUGGCACCAACAAAUUGAAAAGUGAAUCGGAGUCAAAGGGUUAGAUUCACUAAAAUGUUCUCAGAUACCUCAGCGAACGGUAGUGGUGGUGGUAAUUCGAUCGCUAUAAUUUUGGCUUUAGUAAUUAUAUUAAAUAUCUUGAAGAUAAUACGACAGCUGGUGAAGAUACAUAAAGUGAAAAAUCAAUAAAAAAUACAAAAAAAAAAACAAAAAUUUGGAAAUUAACUUCAAAACGCUUGAUUCAUAUGUCCCUAUGUGAUUAAAAAGGAAAGUGUAGAAAAAAAAUGGAUUUUCGCAGUAUAUGUUCAAAAAUAGAUGUGGAUUCAAUACGAGCUAAAAUUCCACCUUUGCCUGAUAUGGUAACCCAAAUUAAGUUACCCAAAUCAAUGUCAAAGUUAAAAUCCCGCAAGGUUUUCCGCAGCUCAAGGGAUGAUCUCAACACUUCGCCACAUGCCAAACGUUCCAGCUCACGCCGUUCGGAGAGCUCUGAUAUAGCAGGGCAAGCAUUUGCCAUACCCUUAGCACCGCCUUCCGAUUUUGUGGAUCAUACACCAAGGAAAAUUUCAACCAUUUCUUCAUUGGUGGGCCAAUCACCGGUAAGAGGUCAAACGAAUAGAGGUGGUGGUGGUGUUGGCGGGCGCAGUUAUAGGCCCACUACCCUAAAAGGCUCCCACUUCGAUGAUGAUGACGAUGAUGAAUUCUCCUAUCGCAGUGCUGGGGGCAUAGAGGAUUAUUGUCCUUCACCUCUAAAUGGUCCAAGGAAAAAAUCCACCAUAUCCAGAACCUCCUUGGAUAUGUCUCCCAGCCAUCUACAAGCCACUGAUGGGCCGCCAGCCAAAAAAUCCCUCAUGCAAAGGGCCAAACAAGGCUACAAGGAAGCCUCCGAGUUUCGUUUAAAGCAUAUUUUUGUCAAAAAGACAGUGGUGCGCCAGGACACCAUACAGGUGGACAAUUAUGUGCAUCGCUAUGAAGAGGAUCGCCAACGCCAGCAGAUGUUUGAGGCUCGCCGCAAUAGUGGCAUAUCUGAUGAUUAUGAAUUUGAAUUUAAACUUUCAAGUCGCAAGUCCGAGGAAUCCUUUGGUGAUGGCAGCCCAGAGGGUUCAGCCAGCCACCAAUGGAAGAGUCAUAACAAGAAAACUUUGAGCGAGCAGAGCGGUGAUGAAAGUGGCAUGGAACAAUCGCCACCCAAGCGUAAGCCUGGAAUAGCAGCCACACGUUUCUCAAGAGUGCGCAAGGAUUCUUUGCAUAUGUCCUUGGAGGAGGACGAUGGCAUACAACAGCACUUGAAGGCAGCUAAAAGACCUCAGCACGUCGAUGAUGAUGAUGAUGCUGAAAUGCGAGAAAUUCCUUUGCAUCCCAUAGAGAGUGCCCUUAAGAAGAAGCUCAGCCAAAAGCAGGAACAUUUGUCGCCUCCUCAAAAGAUGACAAAAUCCAAGAGCAUAAAAAAAGGUUUGGGAGAAUUGAAGAAUGAGAGCCAAGAGGAAUCCUUGUCACUGGAUGAAAAGGAAGAUGGUGACGAUGAGGAAGAGGAUGAGGAUUUUCAAGCAGCAGAGCAAGAAUUGGAAAUGGAAACGGUCAUAGCCAAAAGGCCAAAAACAAGGCCAUUGCCGCCGAGACCGCCCACACAAAAAUCCCAAAGCAUUAAAAACCCUCCCUUGGCCAAUUUGAGAAAUGUUAGCCAAGAGGAAUCCUUAUCCAUGGAUGAUGAUAAUGUCGAUGGCAGUCCAGAAGAACAGACCAAGACUGCAAGCCGCAGUUCCAAAAUCCUAAGUCCCAUUCAAAGCAGCCUCUAUAGGCUAAAGGGCACCCUGUCGAAAAAUAACAGCGCUGAUGAUUCCUUAUCCAGUGGUUCCACAAAGAAACGCAAGGCUCCUUUAAGGGGACAAAAAUCCCAGGAAUCCCUAAAGUCCCCUGGAGGCUCGGAGAAGGCCUCCUCAGAAAAGGCUUCCUCCAAGGGCAAUUUCAAAGAGAAUCUCAAACGUUUCCAUAAAUCCAUAAAAUUACCCUCCCGCUCCUCGGUUUCUGCAGCCGAAUCCGAUGUGGAGAAUCAAAGCGACAAGGUCAAACAAUCCAAGAGUCAACAAUUUGCGGAGCGUCUAAAACGCUUCCGCUCGGUGGAUAAUGUGGAUAAACACACUGAGGAGGGGCAGGAGGAGAGGCAAACACCAGGCUCACCUUUGCAAAAGUUGAGCUCAAAAUUGCAGGAUUGGAAGAAGAGCUUCAAAAUUAAGGCCUCCGAGAAGGCCUCCCACACCGAAGAUGAUGAUGAAAUGAGUGGUGCCACCUCACCGAAACGUAAAAAGGGAACCUUGAUCAAAAGGCUACAGCAAAUACGCAUGCGCAAGCAGCAUAGUCAAGAUGAUCCCGAUGAUGACGAAGAGGGUGGGGCCACCUAUCGUGAAAGUUUCCGCUCUCGAGCCAAGCUACAGUGGGAGAAGGGUGUGGUGGCAGCCACUCAAAUGCCACAAAUGACCAUGGAAAAGUUGAAGGAAUCCAAAAAAUAUUUCCGCAAAAGACAGGAGAAAGACAGGGACAAGGACAAGGAAGAGGAUAAGAAUAAAAAAGAGAAACCCGAAAUUGGGGUGGCUAAUAAUGCCAGUGGUGAAUCGGAUUUGGAAGAUAGCGAAGAAGAAUCAGCAGCCCGAAGAACAAAGAAACCUGCAGCCAAAGCCCUAGCUAAGGCUCAGGAUAAUAGCAGACAUUAUUAUAGCUCCGAUGAUGAAGAGCCCGAAGAAGAGGAGCAAGAGGAAGAUCUCACCAAAGUCACUUUGGAACCCUAUCAGCCCAAUGUUUUGGUGCCUUUAUCACGAGCCGCUUGGAGUGCCAAACCCAUACACCCUGACUCCACUGGCGACGAAGAUGAUGACAUGCUACCACGUGUGCUCAUACACCAGGAUAAUUCCGAUGUCUUUGAAUCGACUUUGAUUAUAGCGGUGACAAGACCCAUACCCUCACGCUCUUCCACCUCCUCACCCUAUAUAACAGAGUUGCCACCAGAUUACCAAGAGUCCCCUAAGGGUUCACCCACAGAUUCACCAAAGCCUUCCACGCCGGAAACCAAAGCAGACAAUUGGAUACCUAAUCGUGAGAUUAUUUCAGCCUUUAAUGCUGCAAGUUCACCCUCCAGGAAGUGCAGAACAAUAAAACGGGAUUUGUCCAAGGAUUCCUUGGACUCCACAAGCCCACAGAGGGCCUAUUCACGCAAUCAGUCCAUGGAUUCCAGUUCCGAUGAAUCUUCGUGGCUGAGAGGUGUUAAUCGAGAGCCUUCUACGGCCAUAGGACUGAUAGGCAAUCGUCAUAUCGACCUAGAGGAAGAGGAGGGACCUUGGAAAGUUGGUGCGGUAGCUGAUAAUACCAAAGACAGUCUUUACAAGACCAAGAGCAUUGACAUCUUUGAGCUACACAAACAACAGGGUCAGGCUUUGCAUAUUUUUGAAGAUUUCGAUGAUGAAUUGAAAAAUACGCCAGUGGUCAAAAUUGAAAUGGAGGCCAAGGAACAACAAACAAAAAACAAUAACAGUGCAGAGGAUGAAGAACAGGAGGAUGAUAGCAGUGAUGAUGAAUAUGACAAUGCUGCUGAUGAUGAUAACUCCUCGAGAAUUACCAAAAUUCUAAGAUCAGAGGAAAAUGACAACAAAAUCAAGGAAGCAGAGGCCAGUGUAACUCCGCCCCUGGCCCCGAAGAGUUCCCUGGAUAAUGUGGUUCUGCAUAUAAGUGAGGAUGAGGACCUGGCAGAUUUGCCAACAAUUGCCAUAGAUCUGGCCGAGAAUUUAUUGGAAAAUUGUCGAGGAAUAGUUGCCAGCAGAGAGGUAAACAACAAGCAGCCUGUCAAAGUCGAAGCAAAAGCCGAAACCGAAGCCAAAGAAAUGGGAGAAAUCCCAAAACAUAAUCAGAAUCCCAAUGGUAAUAAACCAUCUGGCAACACUUUCCAAAUAACUAAACCUUUAGUCCAACCUCCCCUUGCAACAAAUCAAGUCCCUCUUGUGGAAGAAGCAGUAGCAAAUCUACAACAAAGACUUGGGGAAAUACCCAGAGAUCAGUUAACCAUAGAAUCCAAUCUGGCAACUCAAUUGCAUGGCAGUAGUCGAGAGUGCUUACUCCAGGAAGAAAUAAAACCUCUUCCUACCAUAAUUGCAGCAGCUAAACCCAAAUUGGCCAAUUUCCAAUAUGCCAAUAGUCAAGAAAGUCUCAUGGGCAAUGUGGAUCCCAAUGAGACCCCUGAUGAUGAGGAGGAUUCCAGCUACAAAGAGGAUGAUCAGGAUAGUGAUGAAAUCGAGGAUAUGGAUCGUCCUCCAUCGUCGGCACCUUCACCACCACCAGUGCAAUCGCCGCCACCACCACCUCUACCGCAAAGACAAACAUCUCCCAAGGUGUAUAAAGCUCAGCAGCAGGCUCCCCCACCACCACCACCUGCUCUACAAAAAGAACGAACUCCCUCGCCGCCACCACCUUUACCGCAAACCAAACCACCUUUACCCCCCAAUAGACCCAUUGCGGGUCCUCCAAAAAUACCUGAGCGAACUCCCUCAGUGUCAAAGGUGGCCAAGCCUCUGGUGAAGACAGCCUCCCUACGUUUGGCCUAUUCGGAACAGGUGAAACCCCAAGAUGUGGGGAAAGUCAAUAAACUGAUAUCACGUUUUGAGCCACAGGGAAGACCACGUAUUAUACCAAAGCGAAAUUAUAUGACUCAAGAAUCCGAGGAGAUAUUUAGCGAUGACGAAGAGGAGACCAUCAAACGUCUAGAGAAAUUAGAACUGAAGGAUGUGAAUAAAAAUAUUAUAAACGAAAAUGAGCCCCUUCUACAGCCUCUCAACAUAAUACCAGAUGAAGAUGUUAUGCCAGUGAGGCAAACAUUUUCCCGAGAUAGAACACCAACAAAUGCUAACAUGACUCUGGAGACCAACAUUGCUACCAAAACAGAAGAAACUUCCUUCAAUAACAACAACAACAACAAUCUCCAAACCUCCAGAAAAUCAUCCAAGAAACUCAAUAGAGCGCCACCACCUUUGAUAACAACAUCUCAGCCCCAGCCAGAGCCUUCGUCUUCACCUACGAAUCUUUUGUUAACCCCCACCCCCGGCAGCACCACAAAUUCCUUCAAUCAAUUCGAUCGAAAUUCCAAUUAUAGUCAAUCGAAUUCCGAAUAUGGUUCACCCAUGGAUUUUCCCUCCAGCCUAAUGGGUUCCACCGAAGUGACUCCGAUUUCCAUGCGCAAGGAAACGGAGUUUUUGAAUACUCACCGCAGUCGACGCAGCAUGACAAGGGAUGAUGCAGAGAGAUAUUAUUCAUUUGAUAGUGAUGAAGAGAACAGCUACUAUUCCAUCAGUUCUACGGGCAGUAGUCGUUAUGUGGUGGAACUGUAGCUUGGACUAGAAGACUAAACCAAAUCAGACCACUGCACAGUGCAGUACAGUCCAGUGCUAUAUAAAAUAAUUUAUUUGUUAAAUCGUUUUAUUGUUAUAUCAUUUAUCUGUAUGUAGAGUAAGAUUUUAUUUUAUUGUUAGGCCAAUGUCAAAUACUGAAAAGAUUGCGGCAGUGUGUGAAUAGACUUCAGGGAGAAAAAUCAAAAACGAAAA